GGGGGGCGGCGGGGGCGGCCCGCCCCGGGUGUCACCCGUUUAGGGGUGACACCCGAGCCCGACUAUGACCAUCAGUUAUAGUUCUUUCUAUUUAUAAAAAAUCGUAAAUCUGCGGCAGAGAGCAUAACCGCCACUAAUAAAAUUAUCUAGGUAACUAUAAUAUCGUACCACGAACAUAAUAAUUGAUAUUAAAAAAAAACAAUGUGCACAGUGUCAAUCGAUCAGGGAUUCCCCCAAAAUUUAAUACCCCGUUCGCGCAUAACCAACGCUAGUCAGGGGAUUCCCUCGAUAUAGCGCUCGUCACUUGUAUUGUGGAUUGGGCUUCUUUUGUUUCCGACCGCAUUCAUUUCAAUAUUCGCUUACGUGAACGUGUGAAAGUCUAGUGCAAAGUGUUUGUUAAUUAUUAGAUAUUAUAAACAACAUUUUUUGUAUAAAAGUCGAUUCUUGAAGAAAAUAAACAAGAAUACCCAGAACGAAAUAUGCCUCGGGGAAUUCAUACUUCGAAAAGACAAAGCGGGUUUCAACAGAGAAAAGCCAAAAAGGCUAAAAUGGAUGAAAUUCAGAGCAUGUCCGGUUCUCUUUUCAAAUAUGUCACAAAAGCAGAUAGCGGCCAAAGUUCAAGUAAAGUACCCGAGUCUCCUGCUGACGAAAGUAAUGAUUCACAUCUUGGAGACUCACAUUCAGAUAGCAACAUCGACAAUACAGAAUCAAUGAAGACGACCCAGGACCUUGACGGAAUCAAAAUAAAUAAUGAAAAUGACGCCGUUAAUGCUACUUUCGGAGAUAGCAUUAGCUUUGAAGAAUCAGUUCAACACUUGAGAGAUGUUUCACAUUGGAGUUUACCGGUACCUGAUAAUGUUCGCAUUGACAUAAUAAAAAAGGGCAGUGAACAUUUCCAGAACAAAGAAGGACCGUUUCCUACUGUAUCUCGUCAUGGUUCAAAGAUUAAAGGUGAUUCUCGUCAUCUUUCACAGGAAUGGUUUUAUAAACCGAUGCCUAGUGGUGAAAAAAUUCUACGAUCAUGGAUGGUAUUUUCUCCUAUAUCAAAUAACCUGUACUGUUUUUGCUGUCGUUUAUUUGCUGUCAGUAACAUACAAACAACAUUUACAACUGGAUUUCAGAAGUGGUGGAAACUAAAUCCUAAAGUAUUGGACCAUGAAACUUCAUGUGAACAUUUAGAAAAUUUCGAAAAGUGGAAAACUUUGGAAAUGAGAUUAAAAUCUCACACCACAAUAGAUGAUGCAGCCUUGCAAUUAAUGAAUACGGAAAAACAGAAGUGGAAAAAUCUUUUAUCUCGAUUAUUAGAUAUAACAUUGUUUUUGGCUAAACAAAACCUAGCAUUUCGUGGACAUGAUGAAACCAAAGGGUCGUCUAAUAAAGGUAAUUUCUUAGAACUAGUUAAACUGCUGUCAAAGUAUGAUGCAGUACUCAAAGAACAUAUACUAUAUUUGGAGCAGGAAAAAUCACCUAAAGUAACAUAUUUAUCGCCAGAAAUACAAAAUGAGUUCAUAAAUGUUUUAGCUAAUCAUGUAAAAUGUCAGCUUGUAAACGAAAUUAAAUCGGCAAAAUAUUUCGGUAUCAUGUUUGAUAGCACACCUGACGUUUCACAUGUUGAUCAAAUGUCUGAAGUGAUUCGUUAUGUAAAAAUUAAUAAUAGAAAAGUAGAAGUCAAAGAAGUAUUCUUAGGAUUCUUUCCUUUACAUGGAAAAAAAGCAGCUGACUUAAGCGCUGAAAUACUAAAGAAGCUUGAAAACGAUGGCUUAGAUAUUAUGAUGUGUCGUUCUCAAGGUUAUGAUAAUGCUGCAGUUAUGAGUGGUAUACACGGAGGAGUACAAGCUAUUAUAAAAGAAAAAAACAAUAAAGCAAUUUUUAUUGGUUGUAUAGAUCAUUCAAUUAAUUUAUGCGGCCAACAUUCGUUCGCACAAAAUGUGACUUGUGUUACAUUUUUCGGAGCAGUGGAAACAAUAUUUAACUUUUUUUCAACUUCCACAAGUCGUUGGGAAGUGCUCCUCAAUCACAGCAAAGCAUCUGUUAAAAGACUUUCGACAACGCGAUGGAGUGCUCAUUACGGUGCAGUAAAAGUAUUGGCUGAAAAUUUUGAUGGGAUAAUAUCUGCAAUUGAGGAACUAUGUGACCAAGACGUAAAUUUAGAAACUAGAGGUGCUGCACAAAAUCUUAUGCCUGCUGUGUGCAAUUUCUCAUUUCUUUGUUUUCUUUUCUUUUGGAAUGAUGUGCUAAGGGAAGUGAACAAUGCUCAGAUCGCAUUACAAAGUAAAGGUUUAUGUGUUGAUGAAAUAAUCAUAAAACUAGAAGCACUUCGUCUAUUCAUUGGAGAGAAACGGUUGCAUCUAGCAGAAGAGGCAAUAGAUUUUGCUGUACAAAAAUCGGAAAAAUACAACAUUUCGAUGGAACGACGAAUUCGUCGCAAGAAACGCAUGCCCGGUGAGUUAGCGUCGUCCACCGAGGCUGGACUUACACUUAGAGCGGAACUUCAAAAGGACAUGUUAGAAUGCAUUGACAGAUUCAAUAUUGAACUCGAAACAAGAGUAAAGUCCAUUAAAGACGUAGCUUCAUUGUUUGAGGUUGUGCAGUCAAAGACCUUGCUUUCGGCAAACACUGAACAGUUAAAAUUAGCUAUAUCAAAAUUUACUAACCUUUACGAUGAAGUAUCAGAAACAGAACUCCUUUUAGAAAUACCAAGAUUGAGAAGACAUUUAAAAGCGGCUAAUAUUACUGUCUCUAAUUGGGUGAUACUGGACUUUUUGAAAUUUAUUGUGGAAUGGGAUUUUACAGAAUCUCUUCCGAAUCUAACGGUAGCACUAAAGUUAUUUAUAACAAUAUGUGCAUCAGUAGCUUCAUGUGAGAGAAGUUUCAGCAAAUUAAAAUUAAUUAAAAAUUAUUUGCGGUCUACAAUGACCGAAACCAGAUUAAACAAUCUUGGUAUUUUAACGAUAGAACAUGAAGCAACACAAAAUAUAAAUUUUGAAGACGUGAUUUCGGAGUUCGCUAGUGUCAAAGCUAGAAGGAAGAAAUUUUAAUUUUUAACAAACUAAAUUUGUUUUACAUAAUAAACAAAUAUUUGUAAUAGGUACUCAUAUUUUAAUAAAACGUAAAUGAUUAUAACUUUUUUUUAUUUUAACAGUUUCGAUUGAGUUUUAGGGUGACACCUAUAAAAUCCGCCCCGGGUGCCACCUAUGCUA